AUGCGGCAGUUUGACAGGGAGAUGGCCCGUGUCGAGAGGGGGGUGCUGGAUCAGAUGCUGAGCAUGGAGCGGCAGACUGCCCCCAGGGUGCACAUGCACGACGACAUCAGGACGGGACAGCAUUGGAGGGUGUACGAGAGAGAGGGAGGCUGGCGUGGAACGGGCUCCCUGAGCUUCUACUCGGAGAGGUACGCGGUCUCACAGCCCGUCCGCCAACCCCUGCCGCCCAGGGUGCAGAGCACGCAGGGCAGCCCCAUCGCGUCCGGCUUCCUGGUGGCUGCCGCCUUUGCAGCGGGCCUCUGGGCGGUGCUGAGUGCGCUCCUGGUGCGCAACCAUGGCCGCACGGCGUACGCGGCCGAGAGCCGCCUCACGCUCCUCGCCCUGUGGCCCCUCCUGCUCCUCACCUCACCGUCCUUCCGUGGCCAGUUUGCGAGGGCGGUGGGAUGGACAGAUGUGGGCAGCCCCACUGCCUCCACACAUGACAGCCCUCUCCGCGAGGAUGAGGCCUGA